GUGCAUUAGCCUAAUCCCUCCACACUGUGUGACAACGCUCCAGGCAUUUCAGCAAACCCGCGCAUGCAGAGAGAAGCAGGCUGAAGAUGGAGCUGCACUCAUUGACUCUGACCUGAGAUGAAGAUACUGAAGAACAGAUAGUCUAUCGGGGGACUUGUCGAGGACAAUGUGGAGAUUCAGCGUGCUUGUGUGGACAUCAUGGUUGCUUUUUGCAGGCACUUUCUCCGAAGACGACCUCAGCGGCUGUGAAAAGCAGUUAUGCCAAAACGGCGGUCUGUGUGAGAGCCAUGAUGGCGCUUUCAGGUGCCUUUGCUCCCAACAGAGCCAAAACGGGCGCCUGUACGGGGGAGAAAACUGCACAACCUCACUUUUAGGCUGUGAUGACAACCAGUGUGAGAACAGAGGAAUAUGCUCUCCUUUACUUGUCGAUGGUGAGCAUACUUACACGUGCAUCUGCCUUGCUGGCUUUACGGGUCCUAAAUGCCAGACAACCAGCGUCUUCUCAUUCGAGACGCAAGGCUACAUUUACGUAAAGACUCAGCUCCUAGACCCAGAAGAUCCUCUAAAUGUGACGUUCAGCUUCAGGACGGACAGACCCUUCGGCACCAUCCUGCAGCACAGAGUGGACAACCUUCUCCUCAGCAUUGAGCUAACGGAUGGGCAUCUUGGCCUCCAUAGUCUCAAGGGUCAAGGGUCCAGCACUCUGGUUCAGGAGCUCCCGGAGUAUUUGUCCAACAACAAGUGGCACAUGGUUGGAGCAUCAUUGGGUGUUGCAGUCAGCAUGAUUAAGCUGCUCUGCACUGAAGAAAGUUGCACCAGAGACUUCAACUCGGAAGUCCAGCUUCUGGAGCCAGCGUCAGCUCUCCCCGAGCCAGGAUCAGUCCGUCACAGCCUCUUCAUAGGAGCAGUCAGAGGGAACUGGAGUUCAGGCGGGGAAGCCGAUGAAGAACACUACCCACCUGUUUUUCUGGGCUGCUUCAGAGAUGUGCUUGUGGACUCACAUCUGGUGUUGCCGGCUACAGUGCCAGAAGGUUCAGAUGCCCAGGUAAACGUCACUGAAGGGUGCAGCGACAGAGACAGGUGCGAUGACAGCCCGUGUCAGAACCGAGGGCGCUGCGUGAGCCAAGUGUGGAGGAGCUACACCUGUGAGUGCUUCAGGCCUUAUGAGGGGAACGACUGUGCAGAGGAGUAUGUCACAGCAAGGUUUGGCAACCAAGACAUGGAGGGUUAUGCUUCCUUCUCAUUGGAUGACGAGCCAGCGGAUUCUGUGACCAUAUCCAUGUUCCUUCGCACCAGACGGUCCAGCGGCCUGCUCCUCAUCAUGGCCAACAGCACAAGCCAGUACCUCCGCCUGUGGCUGGUAGAAGGAAAGAUCAAAGUUCAGGUCAACAACUUUGAGACACUCGUUGGUAAGACUGUGGUCAAUGACGGACAUUUCCAUCUGGUGACUGUGAAGCUGAAUGGAUCAGCCGCCAUGUUGUUCCAGUCAGCCCACCAGAUCCAGGCCUAUAUGCUCAUCAGGCAAAUCGAUGCUCACGCUGGGGAUCUGGUUUUUGUUGGGGGGCUUCCAGACUCAAGGGCCUCAGCCUCCUUUGGUGGCUACUUUAAGGGAUGCAUCCAGGAUCUGAGGAUUAACAACAAGCGCACUCAGUUCUAUCCCAUUGCAACUCCAGUGGAAUCUUACAUCCUGGAGCAACUUGUCAACGUUGCACAAGGAUGCAGCAGUGACAAUGCCUGUGCAGUCAACCCUUGUCUCAACGGAGGAGUGUGUUACUCCAUGUGGGACGACUUCAUCUGCAACUGUCCGCCUAGCACUUCCGGGCGGCGCUGUGAGGAGGUCAAAUGGUGCGAGCUGUUUCCCUGCCCCUUCCCUGCUGUUUGUCAACCCCGCUCUCAGGGCUUCGAGUGUUUGUCUAACGUAACAUUCCGUGUUGAAAGCAGUGUUUUGCAAUACCGGAGCAACGGGAAGAUUAAGCGCAACCUCGACAGUUUCUCCAUCAGCUUCCGCACAAGAGAGUCCACUGCCACCUUACUGCAUGCACAUAAGGACUCACACCAGCUGACAGUCUCCCUGCUGGACUCUCAUGUGGUCAUGGAGCUCCAGGCUGGGACAAAAGACUCCAACAAGGUGACCGUACGAAGCGAGGGUCCGAUCAGUGAUGGAAAGUGGCACACUGUGGAUAUCAGCCUGGAGAACAAGACCCUCCCAACAUCAAGAUGGAUCAUGGUUGUUGAUGGAGACAACACCGAGCAAAGCAUGUCCAGAACAGCACCUGGGGACCUGGAUUUUCUUAAGGAGGGAUCAUUUAUCUUCCUAGGGGGGUUAAGCUCUGAGGCCAGGGUUAACAUGUCUGGCUGCAUAGCUCUUGUGGAGAUCGGAGGCCUUCUUCUGCCUUUCCACCUGGAAACGGAGUUCAUCGUCCCCAGACCUCAGCAGGAGCAGUUUACGAUGAUAGGCUCUGAUGUUGCCCCAAAUUAUGGCUGCUGGGGAGCUGAAGUGUGUUCACCCAACCCCUGUCACAAUCACGGUGUGUGUAAGGACCUGUUUAACCUGCACCACUGCAUAUGUUCCUCCGAGUGGACGGGUCCACUGUGUGAAAAGCAAACAGACUCCUGCAUCUCCAGCCCCUGCAUUAACGGACACUGCAUCAACCUAGAGGAGGGUAUCGAGUGUGUGUGUGAAGUGGGGUACAGCGGCAAACAGUGUGACCUGGAAGCUGAUAUGUGUGAAAACAACAAUUGCAGCGACGGAGCCACGUGCCUCAAAGGUUUCAGGAGCUACGGGUGCCUUUGCCCUCUGGGUAUUACGGGUCAACACUGCAACGAGAAAAUUCCAGAAAUCCCAUGGUACAUUGAGACUCAUCCAAUUCCUCAGUUACCUGUUUCUACAUGUACUGGUACAAAAUGGGACUACAACUGCUUUAAUGGAGGGAGCUGCUCUGAAGCGGACAGCUGUUACUGUAUGCCUGGUUUCGUAGGACAGUGGUGUGAGAAGGACGUCGAUGAAUGUGCCUCAGGCCCGUGUAUGAACGGCGGCUUCUGUGUUAAUUACCUGAACAGUUUCGAGUGUGUGUGUGAUAUGAAUUACUCAGGGAUACACUGCCAAAUUGACAUCAGCGACUUUUACCUGUACCUCUUCCUGGGCCUGUGGCAGAACAUCUUCCAGCUGGUGUCCUACCUUGUGAUGCGACUCGAUGAUGAGCCAGAAAUCGAGUGGGGGUUUGUCUUCAACGAUUAGGCACCUGAUUGUCUUUAAUGAUAACACUAGGAACAUUGAAGUCCAUUCGAGAAGGCCCUUUUAUGCUUUUUGGGGUGUUCCCUUUCAUGUAGUGUGUUAUAGAUUGUCUGCAAAGGCUAAAAUCCUACCCCCCCCCCCCCCCCUGCUGAAAUGAUUCCAUUGAACUCCUUUGUUUACUUCAGGAACAUACUGACAUCACUAUGUAUCAAUCGCGCUUCUAUUGGCUAAAGCUCCAACACAUUGGAUGUGAUAGCCUAAGUGGCCGGACAUCUCUAAGCGGUUCACCAAUCACAACAGAGCCAGCCAACUAACCAAUCAGAGCAGAAUGCUCUCUGGUUUUAGACAGAGGGUGAAAAGAGGUGCUGCAGCACAGGCGAUAUGAGAGAAAUAAAGAGCUUUUUGAACAUUGAAGCAUUGGGACAUGUCACAGUACAGACAUUAAAUACAAUGUGAUCCUGAAAAUGAGCAGAAUAGAGCCCCUUUACACAAUUUAGUACCCAACAAUCACUGGUUAUCAGGAAUCUGCACACAGCACUUCACCCAUUGUAUGAUGCUUUAUACUAAAAGGGAUUAUGUUUUUGUAAGUAGUUAGAGGGACAGUUCACACCAAAAUACCAAAGAUAUAUACGUUUACUCUUACCUGUAGUACUAUUAAUAUGGCAAAAAUAAAAAUAGUUCCUACAUAGGUUAGCAUGAGUAACUGGGUCUUGAUUUCUGGAAAGAGACAUUGAUUUCUACUUUACCAAAUGUAUUUUUGUUGUUGCUUUGAGAAUCACAGGAACACUGCCACCAAAUUAUCAGACAUAUCAACGGCAGUUAUAUCCAACACAUGACAAUUCACACGACAACAAUAUCAACUCAUUAAUACCACUGUUAAUAGGGAAAAUAUGUAUUUUUGAACAGACGAGUCCUUUAAAACUCAUGAAUAUGUUUGUGAUCCCAGCUCUAUUCAAGAAUGUGAGAAUCAUUUGAGUAAACAUGCUAUGUGUAUAUCUGCAUUUUAUUGUAUCUAGCGUACUGAUUAGGGCAGUAAUAGAAACAUGUCUGUUGUGAACAGAUUUAUCUUGUAAUGAAUAUUACAUAUUGCGCCAUAUACUAAUUCAAAUAUAUUAUUUACUCAUUUAAUCUGGUUCUCAUACUGAAAACCUAACAUUAGUUUGUAUUGUGCCUUAAAUAUCCACUUUUCUCUUGAGCACUACUGUCAGUGUAUGAAUUCUGACAGGGAGAUGUACGCAGUUAUAAUCACUGGAUAUAAAACAAAUACUCUUAGGUAUGUAUUGUUUUUUGUGUAUUUAUGAAUAAAUAUGUUCCCUGCGUUCACGCAAGCGGUGCA